CAUCAUUAACAGCAGCAGCCGUCACACUAACAAAAGCCGCAUUUAACUCCAGACGAGCUGCUUUCCGCCGAGGUCUCCGCUGCGGCUGCCGGCGGAUGGAUGUCACUGAGCUGGGAUGGUGCAGAGCCUUAAUUCACCUUGCGUGUCGGUGCUGCGUGCCUGUGACCGUGGAGCCAGUGCAAUGAGUGCGGAGCGCCGUGUACAUUCCCCGCAUGCUGCAUGUGCGUGUAUAUGUCUGUGAUCGCCUUUUCGGACUACUUUAUUAUUCCCAGCUGGGAGGGAUCCAGUCGAAACUCCAGAAGGAAAGCAAUGCAGUGCGUGACUCCGGAGAGGAGACAGGCUGGGCAAAGUUGGGGGCACUGUCAGGCGCCACCACGUCUCCACUACUCCAAUCUACAUCCCACUAUCCCUAUCUGAACACCGGGGAAAAGGGGUGUUAAGAAGAAGCCCAGAGCCACGAACUCCUAGCAAAACAAUCCAAUGAGAUUAGAGGAAGGGGGUUGCUCGGGGAUUUGAACCCCCCCUAGACUCAUACUUCGGGUUUAAGUCACAUCCUUGGCUGACUUUUUUUGUCCAAAUUUCUAAUAAAAGAAGGUGAUUGCGGAGCUCUGGAUUCUCCCUCAAGAGGGGGGGACAAAUCGCACGAGAUCAGAAGGAAGAACGCGCUGCCGGUAAUCGAUAUCGGGAUUGUUACGGAUCGCCCGAGAGUGUAUUCUGGAGACUGCUGUGAAUAUGUACUGUGACGGGCGAUAAAAAUCCGGGUUAUUUCCUCGCCCGGGAUCCCCUCACUCCCCACACAGGACAGUGUGGAUCUGCGGAGCUCGCAGGGCUGCCCGAUGACCCUGAGAUCGGCCGAAACGUCAGACAGCCCCAGAUCCAUACAAAGCGGCUCAGGGGAGGGGGGAUCCCCGCAUGGGACCACUGAAGCUGCCCCGGAACGGGAGGACCGCAUUGCAGUGUCCAUGGGCGAGCUCCGGAGGUCAGGUUGGUACUGGGGCAAUAUGUCUGUCAGUGAGGCAAAGGAACGACUGCAAGAUGCUCCAGAAGGGACAUUUCUGGUUAGAGACAGCUCUCACACAGACUACCUUCUGACUAUCUCUGUGAAAACAUCAGCGGGACCAACUAACUUGCGUAUUGAGUAUCGAGAAGGAAAGUUUAGAUUGGACUCUGUUGUUUGUGUGAGAUCAAGGCUGAAACAAUUCGAUAGUGUGGUUCAUCUGAUUGAAUAUUAUGUCCUCCUCUCCAAGAAUAGGAAAUUUGAGUCUGAAACUCUUCCAAACAGAACCGUCCACUUGUGGCUAGUGAAGCCGCUAUAUACACAUACUCCAUCCUUACAACAUCUCUGCAGAAUGACUGUCAACAAAUGUACAAAGAAAGUCCAAGAACUACCUUUGCCCACCAGACUGAAGGAGUAUAUCACAGAAUACCGUUACCAUGUAUAAACAAAA